GGAAGACGGGGCGGGGCGAGGUGACAGAGGACCGGGUCGCCGAGGUCCAGGCCCAAGGCCCUGGAGAGCUGAGGCCCCCCUUCCUCCGGUGCCCAGGUCGCGGCCGCUGGGCAGCGGGGACCGCGAGUGGCCGGCGGGAGGGUGGGGCCGGGCGCAGGUCACGCGCUCGUGGGGAGACUUGGGAGGGGUGCGGCAGGUGCUCUCGAGUCCGGCGCCGGGACGCGGGGACGCCGGGCCUGCUGUAGGCACGCGAGGGUCCCGGACGGUGGCGACACCGGCUUCUCCUUGGGACGCCGGGCUUCAGGCGCUAGGGUAGGACGUCCGCUCGUGACCCAGCCGCAGCCUGGUGUGGAUUUUACCCCUAAGGCACACCAGGGGCACUGUAGUCUCCCUGGCAAGGUGGCUUGUUUUGGGGGGGGAGAGUGACACUGGAGUGGAAUGCCAUCAGGACCACGGCAGGGGGAGACCCCCCACUCGGGACACAGUGACUCACCCGUGUAGGCAGCUUUUAGGAGUUGCCGACAUCUUUUAAUGCGCAUAGUUUAAGAUUGUUGUUGGUUGUCCUUUCCUUAGGAUGGAGCCCAGGGCCUCCCAAGUGUUAGAUAAGCAUGCUACCACCCGGCAGCACCUCCCCCACCCCCACCCCCACCCCACCCCCGUGAGGGGGAGACAUUUCUGCUCCUUCUGCCUGGAAGUUCACAGUCCUUCUAAAUGAGUCAUUGCCAGCCUUAUUUACUUUUACUUUGUAUUUUGAGACGAGCAAAAUUGAUUAGGCUGGGACAAAAAGUUCAAACUUUCCACCGAGUAUCUGGGACUGUGAGGGCGUGCCUCCACUCAGGUCUGGGAACGUAAUUCUCUGUUGCCACCAUGGUCCACAUCAACGAGCUGCCAGAGAACAUUCUCCUGGAGCUGUUCAUCCAUAUCCCGGCCCCACAGCUGCUGCGCAACUGCCGCCUGGUCUGCCGCCUCUGGCGAGACCUCAUCGAUGUGGUGUCCCUAUGGAAGCGCAAGAGUCUUCGAGAGGGCUUCUUCACCAAAGACCGGUGCGAGCCCGUGGAAGACUGGAAGGUCUUCUAUAUCCUGUGCAGCCUGCAGAGGAACCUCCUUCGGAACCCGUGUGCUGAAGAGAACCUGAGCUCAUGGCGGAUAGACUCCAACGGAGGGGAUCGCUGGAAGGUGGAGACGCUCCCUGGGAGCUGUGGCACAAGCUUUCCUGACAACAAGGUCAAGAAGUAUUUUGUCACCUCUUUUGAGAUGUGCCUCAAAUCCCAGAUGGUGGACCUCAAAGCUGAGGGCUACUGCGAGGAGCUGAUGGACACCUUUCGGCCUGACAUUGUGGUUAAGGACUGGGUUGCCCCCAGAGCAGACUGUGGCUGCACCUAUCAACUCCGGGUACAGCUGGCCUCUGCGGACUACAUUGUCUUGGCCUCUUUUGAGCCUCCACCUGUGACAUUCCAACAGUGGAAUGAUGCCAAAUGGCAAGAGAUUUCCCACACCUUCUCUGAUUACCCUCCAGGUGUCCGUCACAUCCUUUUUCAACACGGGGGCCAGGACACUCAGUUCUGGAAAGGCUGGUACGGCCCCCGUGUCACCAACAGCAGCAUCAUUAUCAGCCACAGGACAGCCAAGAACCCUCCCCCUGCCAGAACUCUACCGGAAGAAACUGUAGUAAUCGGAAGGAGACGGCGAGCUUCGGACUCCAACACUCAUGAGGGUUUCUUCUGGCAAGGGCUAUGGCAAAGGCUAAGGCGUUAGUGGGCAGUCAGGCUCCCAGUCCCAUGAGCACUUGCCCUAUACAACCUUGGGCAAGCCCAUCAACUCAGUAGUGAUAGUUGGCACCCACAGCUCUGACAUUUUGUUGUAAUAAAUGUUUUCAGUAACCCAGCCUGGUUUGAGGGCUUACAGGUGGGUUGCUGGCACUCUGAGAAAGAGCCCCUUCUCAGGGCAGCUUCGAU